UGAUGACGUGCUUCCGGGCGCCAGGCGGCCGCGGGGCGGGCCGGCGGGCGCGGGCCCUCAGCCCUCCUCCGCCGCCUCCGCCUGGGCCGUGGGCCCGCAGGCGCCGGCGCGGAGCCCAUGAGGGCGCGGGCGGGCGGCGCAGUCCUGCCGGGGCGCCGGGAGCCGGAGCCGGCGCGGCCUGAGCUGGGAGCCCGAGGCGGGAGUCAUGGCCGAGGAGCGCGCGGGCGCGCGGGCCGCCGGCGGAUGCGGGGCGGUUACCUGUCCGCCCCGACACGCCAGGCCGCCGGCUGCGCCGCUGUUUCUGACUUCAUGGGCAGUGACUGGGCAGGGAUCACCCGAGAGCACGCCUCCUCCUUCCGGUACCCACACCCGACAUGCGGCCGGCCGGCGGGCGGAGGGCCUGGGGCGGCCCCGCUGCACUUCGGACCUGGGUUUUGACUCGCUCACCGCGCCGGCGGCGCCCCCCGCAGUGGCCCCGCAAGAAGGCUUUGGCCGACCAAGUGUGUACCAUGCUGCAAUUGUAAUUUUCCUUGAAUUCUUUGCUUGGGGCCUGUUGACAACUCCAAUGCUAACUGUUCUACAUGAAACAUUUCCUCAACACACAUUCCUCAUGAAUGGUCUCAUUCAAGGUGUGAAGGGCCUGCUCUCCUUCCUGAGCGCCCCGCUCAUAGGCGCCCUGUCCGAUGUGUGGGGGAGGAAGCCCUUCCUCCUGGGCACCGUCUUCUUUACCUGCUUCCCGAUACCCCUGCUGACCGUCAGCCCGUGGUGGUAUUUUGCAAUGAUUUCUGUGUCUGGAGUCUUCUCAGUCACAUUCUCUGUGAUAUUUGCCUAUGUAGCUGAUGUCACUCAGGAGCAUGAGCGAAGUACUGCUUAUGGAUGGGUCUCAGCCACCUUCGCCGCCAGUCUGGUCAGCAGCCCCGCCAUCGGAGCGUACCUCUCAGCCAGCUACGGAGACGGCCUCGUUGUGCUGGUGGCCACGGUGGUGGCUCUUCUGGACAUCUGCUUCAUCUUAUUGGCUGUCCCAGAAUCCUUGCCAGAGAAAAUGGGACCACUCUCCUGGGGAGCUCAGGUUUCCUGGAAACAAGCAGAUCCUUUUGCGCCACUGAAGAAAGUUGGAAAAGAUCCUACCGUGUUACUCAUCUGCAUCACUGUGUUUCUUUCUUACCUUCCUGAAGCCGGACAGUACUCAAGUUUUUUUCUCUACCUCAGACAGAUCAUAGGUUUUGGAUCUGUUAAAAUUGCAGAGUUCAUAGCUGUGCUAGGAAUUCUGUCUAUUGUGGCUCAGACAGCCCUGCUCCCCCUCUCCAUGCGCUCGCUGGGGAAGAAGAAGACCGUGCUCCUGGGCCUGGGCCUCCAGGUGCUCCAGCUGGCCUGGUACGGGCUCGGAUCGCAGGCCUGGAUGGUGUGGGCCGCAGGGGCCGUGGCCGCCGCGUCCAGCAUCACCUUCCCCGCGGUCAGUGCCCUGGUCUCUCAGAACGCGGAGUCCGAUCAGCAAGGAGUUGCCCAGGGGAUCGUAACUGGAAUCCGAGGGCUGUGUAAUGGCCUGGGGCCAGCGCUAUAUGGCUUCAUAUUCUACAUGUUCCAUGUAGAGCUGACUGAGUUGGAACCGAAAUUGAAUUCUAACAAUGCUGCUUUGCAGGGAGCCCUCAUCCCAGGCCCGCCGUUUUUAUUUGGGGCCUGUAUAGUUCUUUUCUCUUUCCUGGUUGCCUUAUUCAUCCCUGAAUGUAGUCUUGGGGCUAAGAAACAUAGCCACAGCCUCAGCGGCACCGGGACCAACACGCCGGAGCCGGACAGCGACGAGGACAUGGAGCCCCUGCUGCCGAGUGGCAGCGUCUGGGGCCCGUCUCCCUGCCAGGAGCCGGGGAGCCUGUGCACCGAGCUGUGAGCGGCAGACGCACCUGUGACGCUGUCUUUGGGAAGUCGCCGCAGCCACCCCACCGGAGACUUGGUGCUGGAGGGGGGACGCAGUGGCAUCCUUUAGGGCCAAGUUUGAUGAGUAGCCCUCUGCCUCCCCGCUCUCCCUCCUCCUCUCUUCUUCCAUUCUUUUUCUGUCAGUUUGUACAUUGGAACAAGUUAGGAUUUGAAAUACGUUGCUGCAAAUGGUAUGCAACUCUCAAAGUUACCUGGAGUUCCGGCUUCGAAUCUCAAAUGGAAAAAGUCGCGUCUCUGAGAAGGGUGUCUUUCCUCUCUCACCUCCGGGGCCGAGGGCAGCAGCCCCGGGUCCUGCUCCGGAGAAGCUGCAGGGCAGCAGGGCCUGCCCUCUUGGCCAGGGUCCCGGUGCAGAACCCCUCUUCCUCCUCGCUCCGUGGCCCGCAGGUGUGGAGGGCGUCGGGCCCUGUUGCCUUCGUUCUAAGGUCGAACAAAGCCGGUCUUCCUCCCCUCUCGUCUCCGCUUCCUGUUCUUCCCUAGAAUGAGGUCCAGCGUACACACUGGGUGUUCAUGAUACCGACCCGUGAUGUCCUUUACCGGUGAGGAACAUUUUCCCUCCAAGUUUAAAUCUUGAAGAAAUAGCAAUUCAGAUUCCUUGACCUAGUGUCUUGGUCGGGUUCAAGAUGAUUGUACAGAAGAAACGUCCAGAACUCUGGUGCAGCACAGAACUCGGAGGUGCUCUGCGGGGUGUUCCCACGGAGCGGCCCUCGGGAGCGGCCAGCCGGGCGCAGCCGCGGGCGCAGGACUGUUCCUCCCACACCCGCCCUCCCGGUCCCAGCCAGCCUCCUGCCUUCACUGCUCUGUAAGCUCUGUUCUCAGUAGGUCUCUCCACCUGUGCGUCUGACAUUGAAUCCCAUGGGAAUAUGCACAUCAAAUUCCUUUCUACAAUAGGAUCGUUUAGGAAACUCGGUUUCACAGGAAGUGUCUUGCUAAUUUUUCAAGAUGUUUUACAGACAAAGAAAACUUCAGAUUUACAUGCAUUUUGUUGCACCAGUAAAUGAACCCUUCGAUAGGCCUACCUUGAACAGAGCCCUGUGAAGGGUUAUAGACAUGAAAUAUAGGUACAUAUUUUUGAGGGUUUUAAAAUUUUUUGAUGGAGUGCUGUGCAAAUCUAGUAUUUAUAAAUGUAACGAAGGUAUUGACAAUAAUAUAUAUGUAACUUUUAUAAAGGAUUAUGUACUGCUUGAAUACAUUUAAAAGAAAAUAUAUUUUGAAAUCUGUUCUGCUAUGAACAGAAAUGACCUCUCUUUUUAUCACGCUGCUGGUUGUAAGCUAAGCUUCCGAGUGCGCAGUGACCUGCACUGGGCGCUUUGUGUCGUGUGUGCCUCUGUAAGGUGAAUGUGCAUUGAUCUCGGGGUUCUCUUUUGGGUGGCUUUCAACUAAAAUAAAUUGCUAAUCUUUAAGCUAA